AUGGCGAAUACAGCCUCGGGUUUCAUUGCAGAGGACGCUGCUUAUGACAAGAUUCUCUAUGUGAGCAAAGACAGGCUGGAGGCGCUCAGAGGCAAGUUGAAGGGGAAGAAGGGAUCAGCCGUUACCAAAGCGGACGUCAAAGCUUUAAUGUAUCCAGAUGACAUGGAUGACGAUUCGAUGCUGGUGCCGGUUGACUUGUCUAGCGAGCCGGAAGACUUCCCGAACACAUGCGAAGAUCUUACAGCGAAGGUGGAGCCCAAAGCGGCAGUGGAAGCCUUAAUGAAGGCGCACGACGUCUUUGAGCAGAACAAGACCAAGUUCAGCAAAGAGAAGAGGCCCAUUCCGAUGACAGUGGGUGACUGGCUGACACACGUGUCCAUGGAGGAGGAUGACGAAGAGGAGGGCGGAGAAGAAGAGGAACUGGAAAUAGAUCAGGUGGUGGUGCCAUCACCGCUGAAGAAGCGCAGAAGAAGCACCUGA